AUGGCCUACAGUCACCAGUUUAUUCGAUCUCAAGUUAGAAGACAGGACUUGGUGCAGAACCUUAUUGAUGACCCUGGCCUACAGUCACCAGCUUAUUCGAUCUCAAACAGCAGCUUGGUGCUUACACAUCUACCCCUAAACAAAAGACUGAUACCAGACAGCUCAGAAGUACUCAGUGCUAAUGGCCAAACAGUUGAUAUUUACAAAGAGAAAUCUGAAGAUGGUAGUGAACUAAUGCAAUGUGCACCACAUACAGCAGGCAAUAAGAAUAUAAAAGACGUAAAACAAAACGAACACAAUCACCUCUUAUCUUACCCAAUAAUUCCUACAAAGGAAGAACCUGUCAUAUUUACGGAGUGUACAAAAAAUCUUAAUCUAAAGGAAAGUCUUCAGUCCCAGCAAAUUUCCAUAGGGGAUAAACCAUUCAUAUGUACGGCAUGCGGAAAGACAUUUGAAUACAAGUCCGGCUUCCUGAAACACCAAUUGAUUCAUACAGGCGAGAAGCCUUACACAUGUUCAGAGUGUGGGAAAAGUUUUGCAGAUAAGAGUAAUCUCACAUCUCAUGAAAGGAUUCACAUAGGAAGAGUUCCUUUCACGUGUAAAGAAUGUGGAAAAAACUUUGCAUCUAAGUCAGGUUUCCUAAAACACCAAAAGAUACACAAGGGAGAGAAACCUUUCAGGUGUUCAGAAUGUGGAAAAAGCUUUGUGUAUAAGUCAGAUCUCUUAACUCAUCAUAAGAUACAUACAGAUGUAAAACCUUUUAUAUGUACAGAGUGUGGAAAAUAUUUCACGCAAAAGUGUAAUCUCCUAUAUCAUGAAAUGAUCCACACUGGGGUGAGACCAUUUAGUUGUGAAGCGUGUGGAAAAAAGUUUAAACAAAAUUCAGACCUUCUAAAACACCAAAAAGUUCACACAGGAGAGAAGCCAUUUACAUGUGCUGAGUGUGGGAAAUGUUUCGCACAAAAGAGUAAACUCACAUAUCAUGAAAGUUUUCAUAUACAGGAGAGACCUUUUACUUGCACAGAGUGUGGAAAAAAGUUCAGACGAAAGUCAUGUCUCCAAACGCACCAGCACCUUCAUACAGGUGAGAAGCCAUUCGCAUGUGCAGAGUGUGGCAAAUGUUUUACACAAAAGAGUACUCUUAUCGCUCAUAAAAGGGUUCAUACUGGAGAGAAACCAUUCACAUGUACAAAGUGUGGAAAAAGUUUUUCGCAAAGGUGUAAUCUCAUGUCUCAUGAAGAAAGGAUUCAUUGGACGGAUAAUGGGAAAAUCUUACAAAAAUCAUUUAAAUGUCUUCUUCUAAUCUUUCGCUACUCAUUGUUAUUGUUGAAUGCGAGGUUUAUCGAUGAUAUGAUAUUCAUUGUGGAUGAAACAGAUUGCGAAGGUUUCUCCAUCUCUGACUUCCUUGAAUAUCUUAACACCAAUAGCAGCAAGCUGAAAUUCACUAGAGAAUUUAAUUCUUCAGUAGUUAACUUUUUGGAUCUCACACUGGAGGGUGUGGUGGAACAUGGUACUAUUAUAUCCAGCACAUACAGAAAACCAACUGCGGGCAACACUAUUUUACACGCCCAGUCAGCGCAUCCACCACACCUUCUGAGGUCUAUCCCUAAAAGUCAAUUUUUAAGACUCAAAAGAAACACCAACAGUGAUUGUGUCUAUGAUAGACAGUCUGAUAACUUAAAAAAUAGAUUGCUUGCCAGAGGUUAUGACUCCAGUCUUUUGGAGACAGCGCAGUAUGAAGCUAAGACUGGCCUCACAGUUAAACCAAAGAUAUCUAAUAAACAAUUCUCAGAAGAAUCAGUGGUGUUUAGCACCCCCUAUUCCAAUCAGUACAAUGAUGUAGUUAACAUCCUAAAAAAACACAUCCCACUCCUUAAAAAUGACCCCUUAUUAUUGUCACUAAUCAAUUGUAAAUUUGUGUCUAGGAAACCAGAUACUCUGGGUUCUAAACUAGCCCCCAGUAUAAUACAAACCACAAAGUCUAACACUAUAACAUGGUUGCACACCAACCGCAGAGGAUCUCUGGACGAUUUCUUUAACGCAAUGGCCUUAUUGUAUGAAGACCGCAACACCCAACUCACUGCUGAAAACAACUUGAGAACACUCAAGCAGGGCAAACGGCCAGUUGAAGACUACGUUGCAGAGUUUCAACUAUGGGCUACAAAAUCUCAGUGGAAUUCAGUCUCUCUACGUAAUCAGUUUCGCCUGGGACUAUCAGAACAUUUGAAAGAUGAGCUCUCUCGUAUUGAGUUCCCAGACACGCUUGAAUCUCUCAUAAAGAUUUCUAUCUCAAUGGAUAGGAGAUUCAGGGAACGCCGUGCUGAAAAGGUUCCAACUGAAUCCUAUACAAAGAAGUAUCAUUUACCACAAGUACAGCAUCCAUCCUCAAGUCCUGUACCUAUGGAAAUUGGCACUAUAAAAGGUCCACUAACAUACGAAGAAAAACAACGAAGAAGAAGUUUAAAUCUAUGUAUGUACUGUGGAAACAAGGACCACACAGUAUCCACCUGUCCAACUCUAAUCCGCCAGAAGAGGGGUACCCCAACACUUUUUAUGGAGAGUUCAGAAGUAAAGUCAGAGAAAGAAGAGAUGGACGUUGGGGGUAGCGUGACUAAAACAGAUACAGUUACUGCUGGUGGUUCUCCAGAGAGUUUAGCGGUGAAGUCAGAAGCAGAUGCGCCAGAUACCGAGAGUCAUGUGACCACAAUAUAUGUUGUAAAAGUGGGAACCCCAGUUUAUGAUAAUAGGUUGAAUAUUACACACCCUCAUCAGAGAACGGCAGAAAUUAGACUGUUACCAUCCAGCCCAGAAGAACUGAAUUCUAAUGACUAUUCCCAGCAGACGACGGAAGAUGAUGAGGAACUCACUGAUUAUGGACACGACUCAUGCACCGAUAUUAAGAAAGACUUGAAGACCAAAAAAAACCACACAGGGGAGAAGCCUUUCAAAUGUACCGAGUGUGAGAAGAGUUUUGCAAGCAAGUCGUAUCUUCUAAACCACCAAAAUAUACACCGAGGGGAAAGGCCUUUCAUAUGUAAAGAAUGUGGAAAAACUUUUACUUAUAUGAAAGGUCUAUUAUUACACCAAAGAAUUCAUACAGGGGAGAAACCAUUCAUGUGCACAGAGUGUGGGAAAUGUUUUACACAUAACAGUAAUCUCAUGUAUCAUAAAAGGACGCACACAGGGGAGAAGCCUUUUGCUUGUAGAGAAUGUGGGAAAUGUUUUACACAAAGAAGUACCCUCACUGUUCAUGAGAGUAUCCACAGAGGGGAGAAACUAUUUACUUGUGUGGAAUGUGGCAAAAGUUAUUCCUACAGGUCAGAUCUCCGAAUGCAUCAAAGGAUUCAUACAGGGGAGAAACCGUUCAUGUGUACGGAGUGUGGAAAAUCCUUCAUACAGAAGUGCCAUCUCACAGAUCAUGAAAGGAUCCACACAGGGGAGAGGCCAUUCACAUGUACAGAAUGUGGGAAACGUUUCACACUAAAGAGUCAUCUCACAUAUCAUGAAAGGACCCACACAGGGAAGAAGCCAUUCACUUGUACAGAAUGUGGGAAAAGCUUUUCAGUCAAGUCUAUUCUCCUAAAACACCAGAUUAGUCAUACAGGGUAAAAAUACAUUUAUAGAAUGUGGAAAACAACAAAAAGACCUUAUAAAAACCAAAUAAUUCAUACAGGGGAGAAGACGUUUGUAUGCACAAAAUUAAGAAAACUUACGCUAAAGCAAGGUCUCUUAAUAAAGCAUGGGAGUGUGGCUUUCACAUGUUGGAAUGUGGGAAAAAGCUUUUAAAAGACAUUUUGAUUCUCUACUAUGCAUUUGAUAACCAGUGGUCAUCUCUAACACUAGGCACCAGAGAGGUUAGGACCUGACACUGUUUUACAUAGAGAGACCUUUCUCUCGAGUAGUCACACACCUCCCUAGAAUACAGAUGAUAACCUGUGGUAUUAGUUACUAGGGAUAUCUUUCUUGUGAGGUAAAAGUUUACUAGUCUAAUUCACUUAGAGAAACAGUAGACCCCUUUAUUAAAGGGACAUUGAACCCAAACUUUUUCUUUCGUGAUUCAGACAGAGCAUGCAAUUUUAAGCAACUUUCUAAUUUAAUCUAUUAUCAAAUUUUCUCCAUUCUCUUUUUAUCUUUAUUUGAAAAGCAAGAAUGUAAGUUCAGAUGUCGGCCCAUUUUUGGUGAACAACCUGGGUUGUUCUUGCUGAAUGGUGGAUAAAUUCACCCACCAAUAAACAAGUGCUGUCCACGGUUCUACACCAAAAAUUGGUUGGCUCCUUAUCUUAGAUGCCUUCUUUUUCAAAUAAAGAUAGCAAGAGAAUGAAGAAAAAUUGAUAUUAGGAGUAAAUUAGAAAGUCUUAAA